CUAUUGAUUUACACAAUUAAAUUCAUCAUAUGAAAUCAGUUGAAUAUAAACAAUUUUAAAAACAAGCCUAUCUAUCCUGCGUUAUUAGAGUUAAUCAAAUUAUAAUGCAGUCCUUAGACCAGCAAUUACAACAUUUGUCGUUUUUACAACCCGAAGCUUCUAAUAGUUCUGCGUCUGUUUGCAUUGAGCACGGCAAAGUGGCUGAGUUAGUCGACAAGAUACGCCAAAAGCAAAGGGAAUCUUAUAGGAGGAUAGAUGUACCUCCCAAGCUACCGAAGAAAUAUAAUGAAAUGCCUCAGGUUCCAUUAAGUAAGCAGGUUUCUUAUUCAAGGGAACCGCUUUACUCACAACCUUUAAUUGGAAUCGAUAAGAUAAGUGGGUCCGUGUCUGCAAGAAAGCAAAACAAAACUGGUAUCCAAACAAACGGAAAAACUACAUUAGACAACCCGGCCAUGCUACAACAACAACUAGAAACCCUGGCUUACCAUAAACUACAAAUGGAAAAAAAAGGUCUUUUAGGAGUUCAAAUCCAUCAAAAACAAUCUCACAGCUCCCCGGAGCCGUCUGCGAGCGCGUACAGCAAAAGCUUAAUAUAUAAAAAUUUAAAUUCUUUACAAAAAGGUAUAGAAAUACCCACACAAGAGACAAUACGAAAUACUUAUUCAAUGUUCUAUAUCCAUAAUGAUGAUGCCAAAGCCAUGGGCAAUUCGUCGCAUCAGAUGCUCUCCGUCUCUACAAAUUUGUUAUCAGACAACGAUAUAGAUGAUGAAGCGCAGCCACCUCCUAGUCCAGAGAGCGCUGUUAGCUCAUCAUACAGCGAGCUUUUUCAGGUUUCCUCCUCUUUCAACAAGCCCAUGGAUAUUUUGCAAAAUAAACCGAAAUCAAGUCCUUUAUUACAAUCUAUAGCGCAACAUAAUGACAUGAUAAAGAAUCUCCAAUCCAAAACUAAUCCCAACUAUUAUUGCUACGGUGGAUUAUCACAGAGCUCUUUGACAUACGAUUCAAUUUAUGAGCCUAUAAACCCUCGUCCUUCUGGAGAUAUGUUGUCCAGAGAAAGCUGUAAUAUGUAUGAUUCAUACAUCAGUGACAAUAAUAUAUCUGAUAAUAGUUUCAAUUCGAUUGAAGCUAGGCAGCCCUUAUAUACGCCUAAUGGACGUCGUAAGUGUUACGUGGAGAACUUAAUUCAAAAAAAUAAUGAUGGCGGAUUAAAUAACUAUAUUUUAAAAACGCCUAAACAAACACAAGAAUUUGAAACUUAUGGUAGGUGUGUGAAAUGCAAUUCACGCGUACUUGGGGAGAGUAGUGGAUGUACAGCAAUGGAUCAAAUAUACCAUAUAUCUUGCUUUACAUGCACAGAUUGCCAAAUUAACUUGCAAGGAAAGCCAUUUUAUGCAUUAGAUGGCAAACCCUAUUGCGAAUAUGAUUAUUUACAAACACUGGAGAAAUGUUCUGUUUGCAUGGAGCCCAUUUUGGAGAGAAUUCUUAGAGCAACCGGGAAACCAUACCAUCCGCAAUGCUUUACAUGUGUUGUAUGUGGAAAAAGUUUAGAUGGCUUAUUAUUUACAGUUGAUGCUACUAAUCAAAACUAUUGUAUUGCAGAUUUUCAUAAAAAAUUUGCUCCACGCUGUUGUGUCUGCAAACAACCAAUUAUGCCAGAUCCAGGACAAGAAGAAACUGUUCGAGUAGUUGCCUUAGAUCGAAGUUUUCACCUACAGUGUUAUAAGUGCGAGGAUUGUGGGCUCUUAUUGUCAUCAGAAGCUGAAGGACGCGGAUGUUAUCCCUUAGAUGAUCACGUUCUUUGUAAGAGCUGUAAUGCCCAACGUGUUCAGGCUUUGACCAAACGCAUGACUACGGAACAUUAAAUAGAGCUUAUAGUAAUAGUUUUAUCCGCACAACAACUGAACAGGAAGCACUAAUUAAUAUACACAAAUCAAAUAACAUUUUCUUCAUCAAUAAAUAACCAAGUUAUCUACUCCUA